AUCUCGGGCGCCUCGCUGGGACUCCCCCAACGUCCCUGCCUCCCUCGGGGCGCCCUAGCCCGCAGUUCCGCGCCGCUCUCCGCUCUCCCGCUGGCACCCGCGUGCCGCCCAUCUCCGGCCCAUGGCCAAGCGGCGUGCGGCCGAGCCGCUCACGUUCCGCGUGCCUUGGAAGCGGCUCUUGCUCAGCGGCUUCCCCGAGGAGCCGCCGCUCUGGGUCCCGCCGUCUGGGGCGGCUCGGUCCCGCAAACGCCAGGGGGACGCGGGGACCAUGGCGGAGACUGCGGCUGCGCCCCGCAAGCGACGGGGCUGCGGGGACGGCGGCCAGGAGCGGCAGGGCCGCGGCCUGGAGCCGGGAGAGCCACCUCCCGGCGGGCAGGAGGAACCCCGGGUCGGCCAAGCCCCGGGGAGCGGCGACGGGGUGGGGAGCGCGGGCAGCCUGCGGGGAGCCGACGGGACGCACGCCCAGCCCAAUGAAGAGUUUUGGCAGUAUAAUACAUUCCAGUACUGGAGGAACCCUCUGCCACCUAUUGACCUAUCGGCUCUUGAAGACUUGAGUGCAACUGUGGACGGCCUGACAGAAACACUUCGGAACAAGAAUGAAGUAGUUGAGAUUGACAUGGAGCCCUGACAGGAGGAGCUGAAGAAGCAGGACUCUUUGAAUUUGAGAGAACUAAAGGAAAUGUUAUUUUCCAUACUUGACAUGAUACCAUUAUCAAACCUGAAAAAUGAGGAUGAAUUGUGAGGCUAAAUACUUGUAAUUACUACUGAAUAUCCUAAUGGAGACUUGUUGAGGAUAUAAUAUAGCUGGGGCAAAAUACUUUGUGGGUGCAUUUUUUAAUGAAAAGAGUUUUGUUCAUGCUCUAACUUGGAAGGUGCUUAUCUUGGAAAAGGGGGUGUUGGCAGUUUUAGAGGAAGCACUCAGCUCUUCUCGUGCUCUGUCCACUGUUCCUCUGCACCAGAAAGCUUAUCUGUGGUAUGUGGAAUGAAUACAUUUAUAUAACUGAUGCUAAGAAAAAAAUACUUUCUAGUAUAUUUUAUUGGCUCCUCUUGGUUGAACAAAUAGACUUGAGUAUCUAUGCAAAUUAAAAUAUGAGAUUGUUUGUUAAAGCUAAUAUUGUUUUAAAAGAGUAUAAAUUUAAAUUAGUGAAACUUUCCAUUUGGGCAGUUUGUUUUAACUUUCAAUAUUUGCUGUUUAUUAAAAUGCUAGUGGCAAUGGAUGCUAUAUAAAGAAUGGUAAGAAGUAGAUGCCUGCCCCUCCUCCCCUUUUCAGAGAUAAAAGGAAAGAAAGGAUAUGGUCAGUAUAUUGAUUUUUGGUUUGAGCACAGUUUUGUUGGUUAGUUUAGACCUGCAGUUCUCAACACUGAUAGCACUUUACCAGUCUUCUUGAGCCCCAUCCUAGAGAUUUCAUUCAGUUAUUUGAAGGUGGGCUUUACACAUAGUUUGUUUUGUUGUUGUUGUUUUGUUUUAGGCACCAAGUCUGUAUCCCUGUACUGUGCAGACUGGCCAGAACCACUAGAUCAGUAGUUCUUCCUGUUUAAAGGAGAUCACUAGUGUGAGCUGAAGCAAUGCCUGCUAAUUAGUUUUGUCUUUAAUUUGUUACAUUAUUGGAUCUGUCACUACUAAGUUAUUGUGUUACAAUUUUACUGUUAAUAAAGUACACUGUUUAUGCUUGA